GUACACGCUGUUCUUGGCAACCUGUAUUCAUUAAUCGCAAGAUUAACUUUGCCAUUGAGUAGGUAUGGUUAGUAGCGACGAAGUGCGGUGCCGGUUAGGGUUGGCGCAGUGCCUAGUGUUCGGAAAUACAGUAGAUAAAUAGCUGUGACUUGAAGCAGGAAGCUUGUUCGAUGAGAAAAAUCUCUUCUGCCUCACGAUUUGCUUCUUGAAGGCCAGAAUUUUGCUCUUUGUUUGUCUACAGAAAGACCUCCAUGUGGGAACAGAUGUCAUCCCAGAAUGUGUGCAAUGAGAUUAUUCUGACUGUAUUCUGUGUCAUUAUUUUUGUUAGUCUAACAAACAUAAUUUGGUUAGAUUUGUCUUGAAGAAUGGAUUCAACCUAUACUCUCCAGAAUUUGAUAUAUUAAAUAGCAAAGCUGUGUUAUGGAGACUAUUUCGGUGCCUGGAAUGACACUUGUGACCGGAGGCAUGACUGCUGUCGCUAGCAACACAGUGGUAGUGAGCGCAAUCUGGGAGUAACAAGCAGACUGUUUAUUAGGAGGGGAUGGAGAGCUUUACAAAUGGGAAUGUUAGGUUAUUGAAGCAUGAACGCAGCAUUGUUGCAGAGGAUGAUCUUGACCGUCGGUGGCAGGAAGCCACUGGAGAGGCUGUUUCCGAGGUCAUAUUCCUCAGCAAACACACUGCAGUCUCCAAUCGCCCUGCACUCACUGUCCAUCCAAUCGGUGUGCCACAUCUGAGGGAGGAUGAGACCCCCCCUCAAGGAGGGAGGCCUGGAUGGGCAGCGGUGCCAAACCCUCGAAUUGGCCCAUGGUUACGGUUGAUGCAAAAGGUUGCUGCAGACCAAGGUCUUGUUCCAGAGUUCGAGAUUACACUUGAAGCUACUCACCAUGGACCACUUACCAGUACACCCACGAUGUUUGUUGAGAUAGGAAGUACACACGAAUACUGGGGUAGACAAGAUGCUGCACAGGCCAUUGCUCUAGUUCUAUGGAAAGGUCUUGGUCUUGAGGAAGGAAAUGCUGUUGGAACUUGGCUGGGGAGCGGUGAAAAGGUUCUACUAGGAAUCGGUGGUGGUCACUAUGCCCCUCGUCAUAUGGAUAUUGUCAUCAAAGAUGGCGUCUGGGUGGGUCAUCUCCUGUCUGGUUACUCUUUGCCAAUGGAUGCACCGGCUCAAGUAAAUGGAAAGAGUUCUGGUGAGGUUGGUGGGAUGUGGAAGCAUUCCAUCCAAGUUUCGUAUGAAGCCACAAAGGCAGGAUUUCCCGGUGGUGAAGUUAUAGCACAUCUUGAUCAGAAGAGCUUCAAGGGCUGGCAGAAGAACGCCAUCACGAGCUAUUUGCAGGAGCAAAAUAUCAGGAUAGGAAAACCCAAUGAUUUCCUGUGCACAAAAAUUUAACUGCUCCCACAGCGCAAAGUCGUCAAAGUGACUUCAUCCUCCCUAGGGCUUGGCACGCACAAAUUGAGUAGAUAUAGAGCACUGUGUUUAAAUAAUCCGAUUUCAAGACUUGGUGCUUCCUCCCGUUUGUCUUAGAAGGACUGACUUUUGCGCCAAAAGAGAAAAAAAACCAGGAAUAUAUGAGAGACGUAUCUUCAGGACACGUUUGUCUGCCAGACUACGCGUGCUUGUGGUUCCAAGAGUUGGCAGAGCAAAUGGGGCUAUCAUUAUCCGUA